GGUGGUUUAUAAAGGUGACGGCAGCGGUCCGGGGCAAAGCCGGAGAAUUGUUCUUCGAGGGCUGUGUGGCGCGGGGAGGAAGGUUCCCAGAGUGGGGGUGCUGCGGACCCGUGCCCGGGGGACACCUGGGCUUGCAGCCCCCAGUGCCAUCUUUCGUUGCACUUCGUCCCGCAGGUCCGGCCGCUGGCAGCAUGGUGGAUGUGUUCAGCGGGCGGCUCCUGGUCAGCAAGGACGGCCGCAGCGUGGAUCCCGAGGAGGCCCUGCAGAAUAAGGUCGUGGGCUUGUACUUCUCCGCCGGCUGGUGCUCGCCAUGCCGUGAUUUCACCCCGGUCCUCUGCGACUUCUACACCGAGCUGCUGGAGGAGACACAGCCUCCCGCCCCCUUCGAAGUCGUCUUCAUCUCCUCCGACCACAGCGCCGAGGACAUGGCGGGCUACAUGCACGCCAUGCACGGGGACUGGCUGGCCCUUCCCUUCCACGACCCCUACAAGCAUGAUCUGAAGAAGAAAUACAACAUAACAGCAAUUCCUAAACUGGUGAUUGUGAAACAAACUGGAGAAGUCAUUACUGACAAGGGAAGAAAACAGAUCAGAGACAAAGGGCUAUCCUGUUUUCGGAACUGGCUUGAGGGUGCAGAUAUCUUUCAGAAUUUUUCUAGCUAAAAAGUUGGCAGAUGAAAGCAAGACAAGGCAUAAUGGAAAACUCUGUAUUUUGACUUGUCCAGAACAAGAACAGUAAGGCUUAUUUAUCUUUACUUGUAAACAAAUUUUGUUUUCAACUUGAAUAUUAACUGUUUCAGUAGGUCAUAAACUGCAAUUAUUGUUUUAUUUGUAUUGCUUUAUGUACUAUAUUCAGUAUGAACCAAAUCAUUCCUCA